GCCCCACGGCCACACUUGAAAUUAUAAUUUUGAAGAAGUCUUUGAUGGGAAAAACGGUGAUUCCUCGUCCUAAACCAAGCCUCCAUGUUGUAUUGUUGAUUGUUGGCGAAGAGAAAGUACACAGCAUGCACGCUUCAUCAAUCAAUUAUUCUUUAUUGCGCAUAGUCAAGACCAACGAGGGAACUUGUCAAUGAGGGAAAGAAGAUGUGAGCCAUGCCUGCUUUAAUAUUAUUCAAGAGACGAUGGCAAGUUGGAGGUGAUGAUCUCGUCUUUCCUGCUGUAGGCUCUGCCAGUGUCCGCCUUAUCUUCCUGGCGUCGGCUAUUGCAGUGUUUGUGAUCCAACACCCUAACAUCCAGCACUGCAAACAAGGUGACCUUCUAGCCGGCUUCCUGAUUGGUCUUGUCAUCUUACUUAGCAUCACUGUUGCCUUGGAGACAGCUAUAGGCGUGGUCAGCGGGCGGGGCACUAUCACUGACACCUACCCCAGGAGAUACCUAGCAGCGUUGCUCUACAUCAGGGCUCUGGUGUUUGUGGCAGAGAUUGCAAGUAGCUUGGUGGGUGCAGUGUGGGUGUUCAGAGACUGGGAGCUUCGGUCCGACCAUACGUGUGAUGUGAGUCUCGUCCGUCUCGUCCAGGCUGCCCUUAUUUUUUGCUGGUUCCUCCUUAUUGCCAUUGCUAUCUGUGUACUCGUGCUCUUUGGCGGGAAGCAUCGCCAUGGCGACGAGCAGUUUGAUGACUUUGAUCAGUGGGAAAAGAGAUGUCGUAGAUGCUGUUUUUGUUUGAAGAAAGAUGAGAAUUCACAGAUUGCGUAUGCAGAAGCCGCAGCUGUAUUUUCAUCACUCUUUCAUGGUGUAGAUGUAGUCCUAUCGGACAUCGUAGCCGGUCUGAUCCUGGUCCAGGUUGAGCAGCAGAGACAGAUCAGGGAUCAGAUCCCCAUGACAGCCUCCUGCAAAGAUCCUGGACCCGAUGUAGCCCUGCCCACGGAACCGGUGGAGAGGAGAUUGGAAACCAUGUGGUACUACUUCCGAUACUCGAUGGCCUCCAACGGCUGGCCCGUCCUAUUCGCUGCAGAUCUCAAAUGCUGGCUGUGUAAGCUGUGCUGUGCUGGCAGGUGCUGUGCCUGUAUUAGACCCUCUGAGCGCAUCAUAGGUGAUAACUGCUGCCAGUGUAACACCACAGCCAUAAGAUCCUUAGCAGGGGCAGACGAGGAGGAUCUGCUCUAUGUCAGCUUCAAAAAUAAGAUUUUCCAGAGUCCAUUCUUUGUUGCCCUGGAUCAUACACAUAAGUCAGUGGUCAUCGCAAUCAGAGGGACUCUUUCAUUCAAGGACAUGUUGACCGAUGUCUCUGCGGAUGCUGAGAGGUUGGACAUAGAGGGCCAUGAGAUCUAUGCCCAUAGAGGGAUCGCCAACAACUCCAAGUACAUCUUGAACAAACUAAAGGAGCUCAAUCUACUUGAAGAUGCAUUCCAAAGACAUCCAGACUACAAGUUAGUUAUAUCAGGUCAUAGCCUUGGAGCCGGGGUGGCGGCCAUCUUGUCCAUCCUUCUCCGAGAGCAGUACCCAGAGAUCAAAGCAUAUGCCUUCGCACCCCCUGGUGGCCUUAUCAAUGCUGAAGGAGUAUUAUACUCUCAGAGUUUUGUUACUGCAGUUGUCCUAGGAGAAGAUAUAGUUCCAAGGAUGAGUAUGUGUACUAUUGAGCAGCUCAGGGAUUCAUUAAUUGAAGUCAUUAAGAGAUGUCCAGUGCCUAAGUACCGAGUCAUCUUGCGUGGUCUUUGGUACACUUGUAAAGGUCUUCCAGAGAAUCUCCCAUUAUCCUACAAUGAUCUGGAUCACGAGGAUGGGCUGUGCUGUAACCCCCGGGAGCCCCUCCUGCCUGCCAGCCCUAGAGGGGCAGAGCAGAGACUCCUGGCCACUCCUACAGAGGAAGGGCAUGGCAGUAGAGAAGGAAAUGGUGGGAUCCAUAGUGCUGAAUCCAUUGAAGUGGAUGUUGGUGCUGACGAGCCUGGUGCAUCGUCUAACGGCAGACACUCCAGUGUCACAGGUGGUAAGGAGUUCAUGGCCCUCUAUCCACCGGGUCAGAUGAUCUGGAUCACCCGGAGGGAGAUGCAUUCUGGUGGUUGCUGUGGAUCAAAGGAUGAAUACCGCGCUCGCUGGGUGACCCAUCGUCAGUUUGACCACAUCGGGGUCCUGCCUGGCAUGAUCAAGGACCAUCUACCAAUAGACAUCAAAGACGCCUUCGCUUGGUUGGUGGACCAGGUCAAGAACGGUCAUGUUGUCCAUCCGGAUGUAUCAUGAUAAAUGGAAGGAGACCAGAAAUAGUCGGCCAACCCAGAUUUUUAUGAACAAGACAUACCGCAGGCUAGUAUUUUCAUCAGCCAUAACUGACUUCAAGACCUGAGAUCUGUUUCAUACAACUUGAUAUUAAUGAUGAGAUGCGAAGAUUGUUACUGAAACCCUCUCAUUUAAAUGGCUAUGAGCAGAUUUAUCAUAUAUCUGUGGCAGUUGUUAGUAAUAAUGAUUUUUUUUGUAUGAA